UAUUGUUUCAGGUCAUGGAGCUGAACUCUUCUCCAGGCUAAGGGACUGACCACCUCAAACUAUUUCUCCAAGGUUGAUGGACAGCUAUCAUCAUCUUUACAUUGCCACUACUCCUAUAUCUGACUGAAGAAGCCCACUGCAUAGAUGAAACAUUUCAACAAUAAAGAUACCCAGUUGUUGCACAUGUGUCUUAAUCAUUUACAUUUGUGGAAUAUAAAUGUUGUAAAUGUUUCAUUCUUUCCUUCUCCCAGCUCAUGUCUUCAAGAAGCAUUAUACUGACCCUAGCAGUACCCAGCUCAUGUCUUCAAGAAGUGCUAUACUAACACUGGCAGUACUCAGCUUAUGUCUUCAAGAAGAGUGUUAUACUGGCACUGGCAGUACCCAGCUCAUGUUUUCAAGAAGUGUUAUACUGACACUAGCAGUACCCAGCUCAUGUCUUUAUACAUUGUAAAUCACGAAAAUUACUACACUCAUAAUUAAGCUGUGUACUUUUAAAAAUAAUGACCAUUAAUGACAUUGAAUUAAUUAUACUUGUGGUGUCCUAAUGUAACAGUUUAUUAUUAAUGAAGGUCAGGCAAAAGUUGCAUACUUAAAUGUUAUUUCAGUUUGAAUUUGCAUGAUCUAUACUUCAGUUAUCAGGAUAAAGCAUGUUAAUUUAUGUGGUACAGAUUCAUGGUCACUAAUUUACAUAGUAUAGGUUGUUAGAAGCUGUAUUUAUGCGAUAUAGUCAGACUAUAAUUACAAUGCACAAGGUGUAAACAAAACAUUUUAAACAUUCUGGCAUACUGUGUGUAAAUAAAUUCAGUAUAUAUAACAACGAUAAUGCAUCAUAUAAAAGAUAUAAGUGAGAAAACACAUCGGUGUUUAUUGUGUAUGAACGACUAUCCGUGUAAAACUCAUCUAAUACGUCACAUGAGAGUUCAUAUGCGGGGUAAACACCAUCAAUGUUUAGAAUGUUUAAAAGAGUUUUCAACUAAAUCUUAUCUUAGGAUACACAUGAGGAUUCACACAGGAGAAAAACCAUACCAGUGUUCAGAAUGUUUGAAAUCUUUUUCACAGAAAUCAUCUCUAAUACUUCACAUGAAAGUUCACUCAGAAGAGAAACAUUACGAGUGUUCAGAAUGUUUGAAGGCAUUUUCACGAAAAUCAUCUCUAAUACUGCACUUGAGAGUUCAUACUGGGGAGAAACCAUACCAGUGUUCAGUGUGUCACAAAGACUUCAUUUAUAAAUCAAAUCUCAUAACGCAUAUGAGAGUUCAUACAGGGGAGAAACCAUAUCACUGUUUAGUUUGUCCAAAAGUGUUCUCUGCUAAAUCAUCUCUGACACUUCACAUGAGAGUUCACACAGGAGAGAAACCCUAUAAAUGUUCAGAGUGCUUGAAAGAUUUUUCACAAAAGUCAUCUCUAAUACUUCACAAGAAGAUUCAUACAGGAGAAAAACCAUACCAAUGUCCAGAGUGCUCUAAAGAAUUUUCACAGAAAGCGCAUCUUGAACGACACAGGACCAUUCACACGGGAGAGAAACCGUUCCGAUGCACAUUGUGUCUGAAAAACUUCUCGCGGAAAUCCAAUCUAAUGCUUCACAUGGGAGUCCAUACAGGAGAGAGACCAUACCAGUGUUCCCAGUGUUUGAAAGACUUUCUAAAUAGAUCAAACCUAAUGUCGCACAUGAAGGUUCAUGCUACCGAGAAGCCUCAUCACUGCUCAGUGUGCCUAAAGGACUUCUCCUCAAAAUCAGAUCUUGUAAAACACACGAGAGUUCACACUGGAGAGAAGCCGUUCAAGUGUCCAGAGUGUCUGAAAGGUUUCUCACAAACGUCAUCUCUAACAAUACACAUGAAAGUUCACAAAGGGGAGAAACCCUAUCAGUGCCUAGAGUGUGUAAAAGCGUUUUCACGAAAAUCGUCUCUAAUACUUCACAUGAAGCUCCAUUCAGGAGAAAAACCAUACCAGUGUUCAGAAUGUCUGAAAGAUUUCAUAACAAAAUCCAAUCUCAUAACACACAUGAGAACUCAUACAGGUGAGAAGCCAUAUCAGUGUCCAGAAUGUCUUAAGGACUUUGUAAGUAAAUCAAAUCUGAUGACACACAUGAGAGUUCACACAGGCGAAAAACCAUAUCAGUGCUCAGUAUGUCUGAAAGACAUUGCUUAUAAGUCGGACCUAAUUAAACACAUGAGAAUUCACACAGGAGAGAAGCCAUAUAAAUGUACCAGAUGUCUUCAAGACUUUACUUACAAAUCAGAACUAAUAAAACACAUGGAACUUCAUGAAGAAGUGAAAUAAUA